CCCACACGUGCGGUGGUGCGCGACGCGACGAUUGGAAUUGUCGCGCCCGGAGUCGGGAGUCCCGCAGCGGUUGUUUACACGUUGCAUAAUCAAGAUAACCCGCCGGGCUUAAUAAAUCGCUCUUAUCAUGCUAAUGUUGACUCCGGGGUCUCCCAGUGACAAUGGGGCUUUCUUUGACCUUGCGCCGCGAUAAGAUUUAAGCGCUUGGCUCUCGCGGCCGGCGUCAGUCUCGCGCCGUAACUCAGCAUGGCAAAAAAGCACGAUAUGGAGAGCCUGUUGCUGGGCAUUGGCAACCCGCUGCUGGACAUCUCCGCGUCCGUCGACGAGGCGUACCUGGAGCGGUACGAUAUGAAAGCGAACGAUGCCAUCCUCGCCGACGAGAAGCACAUGCCCAUAUACAAAGAGAUUGUCGAGAAGUACAACGCCGAUUAUAUCGCCGGCGGCAGCGUGCAGAACUCGCUGCGCGUCGCCCAGUGGAUUCUGGACAAACCGCGCGUGGCGACGUUCUUCGGCUGCGUCGGCGAGGAUGAAUACUCGAAGAUUCUUGAGGAGCGCGCGCGCGCAGAUAGCGUGAAUGUACAGUAUCAGUACGACGUGAAGCAACCCACGGGGACAUGCGCAGUACUCAUCACCGGCCAUCAUCGGUCGCUGUGCGCCAAUCUGGCUGCGGCGAAUUGUUUCACAGUCGAUCACAUCCGCAAACCGGAGAAUCGUAAACUCAUGGAGUUGGCGCAAUAUUACUACAUAUCCGGAUUCUUCCUCACUGUGAAUCCCGAGACGAUCAUGGAGGUGGCCAAGUACUCUCACGCACAGAAGCGGACGUUCAUCAUGAACCUCAGCGCUCCUUUCAUUUCUCAAUUCUAUAAGGAACCGUUAAUGAACGCGAUGCCUUACAUCGAUAUUCUCUUCGGAAAUGAGACUGAGGCAGAGACGUUCGCCAAUGAACAGUCGUUUGGCACGAAGGAUCUGAAAGAAAUCGCGUUGAAGAUAUGCUCUCUGCCGAAGCAGGACGAGGCGAAACCGCGCAUUGUAAUUCUCACGACCGGCUCCAAUCCGGUGAUAUUAGCGAGCAACGGCAAGAUAACCGAAUUCCCCGUCGUGCGUCUUGAAGAGGAUAAACUCGUCGACACGAAUGGCGCUGGCGACGCCUUCGUCGGCGGUUUCCUCGCGCAAUACAUUCGCGAGCAGCCGCUCGACGUGUGCAUCCGCUGCGGCAUCUGGACGGCCACGCAGAUUAUCCAGCGAUCGGGCUGUACUUACGAAGGCAAGGCCGACUUCAAAGCGUAGCCCACCGCGCGCCGCCAGCGUGAUAUUCACGCCGGCCGGCGCCGACGUACUUAAAAGCGUCGCAGACAUACUUCCACACUGAUCAGAGUAGCAAAUAAACUUAUUUCAUGUGCCUAAA